AUGGUGACGUCACCGCUAGUAAACACAUAUCCUCUUGCGAGCUACACUUUCGGCACCAAAGAGCCCAAGAUGGAGAAAGACACCUCCGUCGCCGAUCGACUAGCCCGUAUGAAAGUCAAUUACAUGAAGGAAGGCAUGAGGACAAGCGUUGAGGGGAUUUUAUUGGUUCAAGAACAUAAUCAUCCCCACAUUCUUCUUUUGCAAAUUGGAAAUACUUUCUGUAAACUCCCAGGUGGCAGAUUGAAGCCAGGAGAGAAUGAGAUUGAAGGCUUGAAAAGGAAACUCUCUAGCAAACUUGCUGCUAAUUCAUCUUCUCUGCAGCCAGAUUGGCAGAUAGGUGAGUGUGUGGCUAUCUGGUGGAGACCAAAUUUUGAAACCACAAUGUAUCCUUACUGCCCUCCACACAUAACAAAGCCUAAGGAGUGCAAGAAGCUUUUCCUCGUUCACUUGUCUGAAAGAGAGUACUUUGCUGUGCCUAAGAACUUGAAACUUCUUGCCGUCCCAUUGUUUGAACUAUAUGACAAUGUUCAGAGAUAUGGACCAGUCAUAUCCACUAUUCCACAGCAGCUAUCCAGGUUUCAGUUCAACAUGAUCCAUCAAUAA